UCCAUGAGCCAUGAGGAACAUGAUGCGAAAAUUGUUGUUCAGAAAGCCCCCCGAUGGCCUUCUCGAGAUCUCUGACAGAAUCUACGUUUUCAAUUGCUGUUACGGCGCGCAACACGAAUGGGGUGAGCAGCGUUACAAGCAAUACGUGGAAAAGGUUCUCCGUCAGUUUCGAAAGAGCGCGCCCGAGGCUUCCAUUUUGGUGUGCAACUUCCGCGACGAGGAGACCAGAGCGAGGGCGUUCGAUCACGUUACUCUCGUGGACUACCCUCGCCACCACCUCGGUUGCCCCGUGCUCAAAGCGGAGGACACGUGGCGCUUCCUGAGGUCCUGCGACACCUGGCUCUCGCGCGGCCGCCGCGACGUCGUUUUGAUGCACUGCGAGCGAGGCGCGUGGCCCGUUUUGGCGUUCGCGCUUGCCGCGUUGUUGCUGUUUCGGAAACAGUGCGAGGGAGAGAAACGGGCGCUGGAUACGGUUUACGAACUGGCGCCGAGGCAGCUUUUGCAUUCGUUGAUGGCAGUGAACCAGAUUCCGUCGCAGUUGAGGUAUCUGAGAUACGUUGCCACGUGUAACGGGACGUUGGAUUCGGUUACGUUGAGCAGAGUGGUGAGGUUGGACUGCGUCGUUCUCAGGUUUAUGCCGAAGUUUGGUGGCGAAGGUGGUGGCGCUCCGGUGUUGAGAAUUUAUGGACGGGAUCCUUUUGUUGAGCAUGGGAAUGGGAAUCCCAAAUUGCUACACUCCACAAAUGAGACAAGAAAAAAUCCCCGGGAAUGCCAACAGGGAGACCGUGACACAAUUAAAGUCGAUAUUAAUUGUCAUAUUAAAGGUGAUGUCCUUAUUGAGAGCAUUGACUUGAAUGGUGACACAAAGAGUGAGCAGAUAAUGUUCCGAGUCAUGCUCAAUGCAGCUUUUAUGGGAUCUAAUGUAUUACUUAACCGUGACAAAAUUGAUGUUUUAUGGUGUGCUAAAGAUCACUUCCCAAAGGAUUUCAGGGCAGAGAUUCUUUUCUCAGAAAUGGAUGCUUCUACAGCUGUUAGUAAGAAGAGCACCUCGUGCUUUGAGCAGAAGGAAGGAAUUCCAAUUGAAGCAUUUUCCAAAGUUCAAGAAGACCUGAUGAAUCCCAUGGAAGCUCCUACACCAAAUGUGCUCAAACAUAAGUGUGCUUCACCUAACAAUACCAUACAUGAAAUGUUGAAUACAGGCUUAAAUGAGAAUGUGGAGAGCGGUAGCCUUUCGCUUAGAAAAGGUCCUCAAAUGGCUCAGGAAAAAAAGAAUGAAGAAAAUUGCUUCUUGUCUUCAAAUAUGGAAAACCAGUUUGUGACCUCAGUUAAGCAGUCAUCAGAUAACAAUGUGAGUAGAAAAGAGGAGAAGUCCAUCAAAGCUGAUGCUACUCCACCACAGCCGAGUAAGUCUGACAUCAUCGGAAAGGAAAUGCCUGGUCCUUUGGAAAGAACUUCAGAGUCUGACAACUGUGUAACAGGUUGUACAGAUCUUUCAAUUAAAAUACCAUCUAAUUUGGCGGACACUUCUUCUAGUGGUACAAUUUCACCCCAAACACCUUCGCCAUUGCCUCCCUUGACUAGGAGUGUCAAAGAAGUUCAUGAUUCUCAUCCUCACAAGGAUUCACAUUUCCAUCAUGAUUCACCUUCGAAGGAAAGAUAUCCUACUGAAGAAACUAAAUCCCAAUCUCAAGAUAGAAGUCAGUCAUGUGCUUUUCAGAAUAAGUCACCAGAUGAUUCAGAUGCCCAGCCUCUGGCUUCUGCAAUUACAAUUACAUCAAAAAUUCAACCGCCCCCUCUAAAGAAGAUUUUACCUAUUAAAACAAAACUUGAUUCUUCCCUUUCACAACCUCAAACACCGCCACUUCAUCCUACUCAUGAAGCAAUUAGAGCAAGACCUCUUGCAUCCCCAACAACUCCUCCUCUAAAGGAACAUGAACAAAUUAAAACAAGACCUCAUGCAUCCCCAGCAACUCCUCCUCUAAAGGAACACGAACAAAUUAAAACAAGACCUCAUGGAUCCCCAACAACUCCUCCCACUCCUCCACUAAAGGAACAUGAAUCAAUUAGAGCAAGACCUCAUGCAUCCCCAACAACUCCUCUCACUCCUCCACUGAAAGAACAUGAACCAAUUAGAGCAAUACCUAAUGCAUCUCCACGAACUCCUCCAGCAAAGGAACAUGAACCAAUUAGAGUAAAACCUCAUUCAUCCCCAUCAACUCCUCCCACUCCUCCACGAAAGGAAUAUGAACAAAUUAGAGUAAGACUUGAUUCAUCCCCAUCAACUCCUCCCACUCCUCCACUAAAGGAACAUGAAGCAAUUAAUGCAAGACCUCAUGCGUCUCCAACAACACCUCCAAUAAAGGAACAUAAACCAAUUAGAGCAAGACUUCAUUCAUCCCCAACAACUCCUCCCACUCCUCCAUUGAAGGAACAUGAAUCAAUUAGAGUAAGACUUCAUUCAUCCCCAUCAACUCCUCCAACUCCUCCACUAAAGGAACAUGAACCAAUUAAAGUAAGACUUCAUUCAUCCCCAUCAACUCCUCCCACUCCUCCAUUAAAGGAACAUGAACCAAUUAGAGUUAGACUUUAUUCAUUCCCAUCAACUCCUCCCACUCCUAAACCAAAGGAAGAAGAAGCAAUUAGAGCAGGACCUCAUGCAUACCCACCAACUCCUCCCACUCCUCCAAUAAAGGAACAUGAACCAAUUAGAGUAAGACUUCAUUCAUCCCCACGAACUCCUACAACUCCUCCACUAAAGGAACACGAACCAAGUAGAGCUGGAGCUCCACCAUCCCCACCAACUCCUUCUCCAAAUCCAAAGGAUGAAAGACUUAUCAAUUCUGGAGCCCCUCCUCCCCCUCCUACUCCACCUCCAUGUCCUUCCAAAAAAGCUUCAAGUCCAACUUUAUCACCACCGAUACCGCCACCUCCUCCUCCCGCCACUACACUUUCCUCUGAUCACUUUGAUUCAUCCGUUCCUGCUGCUCCACCACCUCCAGGUUCCUUUUGUAAAGGAGGUAUACAAGAAGACAAUGGUUUUACGCGGUCACUUUCCAUGGGUGCUGGAGGACAUAAUGUGUCAAGCACAGGGCAUUCAUCUAUUUCAUCCGUUGGCUCUAGAAAGGGACGAUUUCUAUCACAUUCAAAUUCAAUGGGUCAAACCAAAAAAUUGAAGAUGUUGCAUUGGUUGAAACUGUCUAGAGCAGUGAAAGGAAGUUUGUGGGCAGAGACACAAAAAUCUGGUGAAAAUUCCAAAGCUCCAGAGAUUGAUAUGUCAGAGCUUGAAAGUCUUUUCUCAACUGCUGUCCCAAGUUCAGGCUCUUCCAGAAAAACAAAUGCGAAAAGCUCUCUUGCGCCAAAAUCUGAUAAAGUGCAACUGAUUGAGCAUACACGAGCGUAUAAUUGUGAAAUCGUUCUUUCAAAAGUGAAAGUGCCAUUGCAUGAUUUAAUGAGAUCAGUGUUAGCACUAGAAGAAUCUGCAUUAGACAUUGAUCAAGUUGAGAACCUGAUCAAAUUUUGUCCUACAAAAGAGGAGAUAAAAGUACUCAAGGGCUAUACCGGAGAAAAGGAGAAGCUUGGGAGGUGUGAACAGUUCUUCUUGGAGUUGAUGAAAGUUCCGCGCGUAGAAUCCAAACUUAAAGUCUUUUCAUUCAAGAUUCAGUUUAACUCUAGGGUUUCUGACCUUAGAAAUAGCCUAACUGUAGUGAAUGCGGUUUCAGAAGAGAUUAGGAAUUCUGUCAAAUUAAAGAGAAUCAUGCAAACAGUACUUUCCCUAGGAAACGCUUUGAACCAGGGUACUGCCAAGGGCUCUGCUAUUGGAUUCAAAUUGGAUAGUCUUCUUAAACUCACUGAGACACGUGCACAAAACAAGAAGAUAACUCUAAUGCAUUACCUUUGUAAGAUUCUAGCUGAUAAAUUACCAGAAGUUUUAGAUUUCUCAAAGGAUCUUGCUAACCUCCCUCUAGCAGCAAAGAUCCAAUUGACAUUGUUGGCAGAGGAAAAACAAGCUAUAAGCAAAGGACUAGAGAAACUUGAACAUGAACAAUCCACCUCUGAAAAUGAUGGUCUUGUAUCAGAAACUUUUUGCAAGAAGUUGAAAGAGUACCUCUAUUCUGCGAAGGCCGAAGUCUCUUCAUUGUCUUCACUAUAUUCUAUCAUGGGAAGGAAUGUAGAAGCUUUGAUUAUUUAUUUUGGUGAAGAUCCAUGUCGUUGUCCUUUUGAGCAAGUUGUCACAACUAUGCUCAACUUUACUGGAAUGUUCAACAAAGCCCACAAAGAAAACUACCAACAACUUGAACUUGAAAAGAAGAAAACAGAAGAAAUUGUGAAAUAGAAAUGCACGUCAUAACAAAUAUUACCUACAGCAAUCAAGACUCACUAUAUAAUUUGAGUGGUAAUCAAAUGAACAGAUCUUUGAGAAUUAAUUUGACUAAAUGAAAUGGUUUUAGUGGUCUUGAAAAGUAUGUACAUGAUAUAUGGAAGAAGUAGAUAACACAGAAGACCAUAAUGUACGAGUCGUUUACACAAAAAAUGAGAGGUAAAACAUUUUGAACAUAUUGCCACUCGCCCUGAUUAUCAUCCUCCUUUUGAUAAUUGUAUUAUGUGAAAACCUAGUGCUAACUUGUCUCUUUAUUGUAUCCUCCUUAUGCAGGAUUCUAGAUUUUGCAUGAAAUACAUGCUAUUUUCCACCCUACUUGUAUAUAUACAUUUUUGUUUAGAAAUUGUAUCACUAUAAGUAAUUCCUAAGAAAGUAGGGAAAUCAUUAUUUUUUUUUUCCCCGUUUCUUUGCUAGCAUCACUGGUUUCACAUGUUUAAAGCAAAUCCUUGAUAUUUUUGUAUAUAGUGUAUAUGAUAUAGUCUUUUGUCCAAUUGAACAUGUCAUUCAUUUGAUGGAUGAAGUCAAAGAGUAUUGCAUUUUUAUUGUUGUCAGUUACU